GGUGUAACGUAAGUUACACCCCCAUUUUUGGACAUUGGUUUGGUCCAAUGCUAUGGAAUUAGUAUAUCCUCCGUCGUAGCUCGGAAUAGGUCCUUCAACUGACAACAUGGCGAGCGUCUGUGCUGUUUCCCGUCUCCUCUCCAAGAGGGUAUUAUCUAAAACUAAAUCAGUCCCUGCUGCUGCAGUUCAGGGAUCCAGGAACUUUCACUUCUCCGUCUAUGGCAAGAAAAAUGCCAAGAUAUCAGAUGAUAUUUCUACUCAAUACCCGGUAGUGGAUCAUGAAUUUGAUGCUGUGGUGGUUGGAGCUGGAGGGGCAGGACUUAGGGCAGCCUUCGGCCUGUCCGAGGCUGGCUUCAACACUGCCUGCGUCACCAAACUUUUCCCCACCAGGUCUCACACUGUCGCUGCACAGGGUGGGAUCAAUGCAGCUCUUGGCAACAUGGAGGGUGAUGACUGGAGGUGGCAUUUCUACGACACAGUAAAGGGAUCUGAUUGGCUGGGAGACCAGGAUGCUAUCCACUACAUGACAGAGCAGGCUCCUGCAGCUGUAGUGGAGCUGGAGAACUUCGGCAUGCCCUUCAGCCGCACGGAAGAUGGGAAGAUCUACCAGAGGGCUUUUGGCGGUCAGAGUCUCAAGUUUGGAAAAGGAGGACAGGCCCACCGCUGCUGCUGCGUAGCAGACAGGACAGGGCACUCUCUACUGCAUACACUUUAUGGACGGUCGCUUCGUUACGACACCAGUUACUUUGUGGAGUACUUCGCCCUGGACCUGCUGAUGGAAAAUGGAGAGUGUAAAGGAGUGAUCGCUCUUUGCAUGGAGGACGGAUCUAUUCACCGCUUCAGAUCCCAGAAUACUGUGAUUGCUACAGGAGGUUAUGGAAGAACCUAUUUCAGCUGCACAUCUGCCCACACUAGUACAGGGGAUGGAAAUGCAAUGGUGACCAGAGCUGGCCUGCCCUGCCAGGAUUUGGAGUUUGUACAGUUCCAUCCCACUGGGAUCUACGGAGCUGGUUGUCUGAUCACAGAGGGUUGCCGUGGUGAGGGAGGGAUCCUGGUCAACAGUGAGGGCGAGCGCUUUAUGGAGCGCUACGCACCCAACGCCAAAGACCUGGCCUCCAGAGACGUGGUAUCCCGCUCCAUGACCAUAGAGAUCAGAGAGGGCAGGGGAGUUGGUCCAGAGAAGGACCAUGUGUACCUGCAGCUUCACCACCUGCCUCCCCAGCAGCUGGCCACACGGCUGCCUGGCAUCUCAGAGACGGCCAUGAUCUUUGCUGGAGUCGACGUCACUAAAGAGCCCAUCCCUGUCCUGCCCACCGUUCACUACAACAUGGGUGGGAUACCCACAAACUACAAGGGCCAGGUGAUCACCCAUACCAACGGAAACGACAAAGUGGUUCCUGGACUGUAUGCCUGCGGAGAGGCGGCGUGUGCCAGUGUCCACGGUGCUAACCGGCUGGGCGCCAACUCUCUGCUGGACCUGGUGGUGUUCGGCAGAGCCUGCGCCCUCACCAUCGCAGAGGAGCACAAACCUGGAGAGAAACUGUCCCCUCUGACGCCCAGUGCAGGAGAGGAGUCUGUGUCCAACCUGGACAAGCUGAGAUUUGCCAACGGAAGCCUGAGGACCUCCGAGAUCAGGCUCAACAUGCAGAAGACCAUGCAGGCCCAUGCUGCAGUGUUCCGGACCGGCCCCGUUUUGAAAGAGGGAUGCGACAAGAUGGACGACAUUUACCAGACCCUGGAUGACAUUAAGACCUUUGACAGAGGCAUUGUGUGGAACACAGACCUGGUGGAAAGUCUGGAGCUGCAGAAUCUGAUGCUGAACGCCGUCCAGACCAUCAACAGCGCCGAGCAGAGAAAGGAGAGCAGGGGGGCCCACGCCAGAGAGGACUUCAAGGACCGCGUUGAUGAGUACGACUUCUCAAAGCCCACGCAGGGUCAGGAGAAGAAGCCCUUCGAGCAGCACUGGAGGAAACACACUAUGUCCUACGUCGACCCUAAGACUGGAAAGGUGAGCCUGGAGUACCGGCCUGUUAUUGACCAUUCUCUGGAUGAACAGGACUGUGCCCACAUCCCUCCUGCCAUCCGCUCCUACUAAGCGCUCCUUUCCCUCUCCCCUCUCACAUUUGAGUCACUCAUUUAUCUGCUAUUUAUAAAGACCAUUUUCCCUUAAUAGACAUUUUGAGACAAACCAUGCUUAUGGUAACAGUUACAUGUAAAACUGUCUUGACUUUAAACUCCAUUUGUCUCACCUUCCUGUAUUCUGUGUUUUGCCUUGAUAUAAUCUGUUUGCAGCAGAUAGAUUUCAACACGGUUCUCGUGACCUUUCGCACUCUGUGAGCUGGUCUUGUGUAUAUAUAAUGUGGCACUCAAGACUCAAGUGGGUGACUUUUCAGACUCUAUCUGAAGAACAAAAUAAUAGUUAACGUGUGGUUAACCGCUUCGCUUUCUGUAAUGGAACUCUAAGUCUUGCAUUGCAUUCUUGAAUCAUAACUUCCCUCCUGUUGCGUUCGGAAGUGAAGAGAUGGUAGAAAUGAUUGCCGACAAGUCACAGCGUGAGGUUUUAAGCAUGUACAUAUUGCAGAAACAUACAAUAAACAUGAGGUAUACCUUGUUGAAG